AUGCAUGGACACGCUCAUCCGGGCGCGCCCACGAUCAGGUUUGUGAACACAGAGCCGGCGGCUCUGCUCUCAGGAGAAAGUGUGCCUCCAGGCUCAGCUCCUCACCACAGCCUGCGGCCUCUGCAAGUGGCCCCAACGGACCGGGAGGACAGCAACUCACACAGGACGCAUAUCCACGUCUUGCAGCUUCGCAGAGGGCGGCGGUGCUGCAGGCGAGGGACGCAGGUUGCGCUGUUGGGGCUGGUGACGGCCAUACUGUGGGCUGGACUGCUGACCCUGCUUCUCCUGUGGCACCGGGACACUGUGCAGGGCCUGAGACAGCUGGAGGACAUCGCUGCCCAAAACGUCUCUCAGGUUUCCAAGGACAUGGAAGGACAUAAGGGUGACCAGAUGGCCCAGAAAGCCCAGGUGGCCCAGGUGCUGCAGAACAUGGAGGAAAUGCAAGCAGAACAGAAGAGAACAGAAAUUCAGGGCUUAAAUGAGAGACGCUCGGCCUUGAAUUCGUUGGAAAGACUCCAGGAGGAGGUGGCAAAGCUGUGGAUAGAGCUCCGCGUGUCCAACGGCUCCGUGUGUAACACAUGCCCUGAGAAGUGGGUCAGUUUCCAGCGGAAGUGCUACUACUUCGGAGAGGGCGCCAAGCGGUGGAUCCAGGCGCGGAAUGCCUGCAGCGGGCUCCGGGGGCGGCUGGUCAGCAUCCACAGCCAGGAGGAGCAGGACUUCCUGGCCACACACAGCAACAAGAAGGGCUCCUGGAUCGGCCUCCGGGACCUGCACACAGAGGGAGAGUUUGUCUGGAUGGACCAGAGCGCCCUGGACUACAGCAACUGGCGGCCGGGGGAGCCCAACAACGGGGGCCAGGGCGAGGACUGCGUGAUGCUGCUGGGCUCCGGGCAGUGGAACGAUGCCUCCUGCAGCAGCUAUCUCGACGGCUGGGUAUGUGACCGGCUGGCCACCUGCUGACUGCCCGCCGGCCGCCUCGGUCCCCCAGACGUGGACCCUGACAGCCCCCUGCCUACCCGCCACAUGUGCCCCUCCUUGUGACUCCCCCACCUCAAAUACGGGAACAGCUAGGGCCAAACUGGGACCCUAAAGACCCCAACCAAGGCCUGGGCGCCCCUUUCAUGGCUGAAGAGUCCUGCUGACAUCCCCUGCCCAAAGGACAGUGACCCUUCCCCGGCUCCUGCCAGCUCCCCAGAGGGCCUGUCCCUCGUCCCGCAACCCAACCUGCUGUCACCGCCUCCCUGCCUUCCAGUGCUCAGAGCUCCCCCCUCAAGAACCCCUGCCCAUCAGCCUGAGUGCUGGGCGCUCCCUCCCGGAUGGGCACAGGUCCAGAGGUUCCAGCCCCACUCCCACUCAGCGGCCCAGGCAGCGCCAGGCCCAGGCUUGGCCACCAUCAGCCCAGCACCGAAGGCAGGGGGGAGGCAGGCCAGGCUCUGAGGUCAUCCCUCCUUAAUGCCCCACCCCCACUUCCUGGCCUAGAGAAGAGCCAGGCCCCCUCCUGUGACCCUCAGGUCCACUGCAGCAGGAGGACGCAUCAUGGCAGGUGCCCACACUGGACCACCUGGGACCCUGCGAGUCAAGGGCCAGACCGAGGUCCAACCAUGACCCAGGGGCCUGGGGAGGGCACUCUAUUGGCACCUGGGAAUCCUGGGCUCAGGAGUAAGGGACAGAGCUAGACCCUUGGCGUCCCAGAUCACCUUUUCUCUCUGCCUGCUGCCCACCCCCAGAUUGGUCUCCCCCAGCCCCCUCCUCAGAAUGCUCCGUGUGGGAACGCAUGGCUCCACUCUACCAGUCCCUCCGGCCAACAGUGGGUCGUCCGCGCCUUCCCUUCCCUCCAAACCCAUAAGGAAAGCCAUGGGCUCUGCCAUGAAGCCAUAUUCAGAACCCGCACACUUUUCACCCGCUCCUCGCUCCACCUGAAUUGGCCCAAACCUUCCAGACGUUUCCUUCUAGCUCGGAGAAAAACCAAAGUCCUAAAGGACUUGGCCAUCACAGAAUCCCUCCCAUGCACCUCACCUCCCCAACUUCAUCUCCUCUCUCCUCCCACCACCCCGGCCUCCUCACUGCUCCUUAAACACCUAGGCUUACUCCAGCCUCGGGGCCUUGGCCGGCUGUCCCCUCCCCACGCUCCUCAGCGAGACCUAUCCUGAGCACUCUCUGCCCCUCAUUUAAAAUGACACCCCAACUCUGAUGUUCUGCCCACUGCGCUUUCUCGCCGCGGCACUCCUUCUUUUAACGAAAUGUUGGAUUUACUGAUGUCUCUGCUGGCUAGAACAUGAGCAUCUACCUUCAGAGCAGGUACCUUUGUUUUGUUCUCAGCUGCGUCCCCAACACCUGGCAAAUAGCAGGCACUCAAUAAACAUUUG